AUGCGAAUUUCGUUUAUCUGUGAUCCGGAUGAGUUUGGUCCUAUCCAGUCCGGAUUAGCGGAACCCUACCGUAAUAACGAAAAAAUAUUUGUUCGUGAAGCCCCCUUCUCCGGAAGUGACGAAGAGGACGAAGAAGAAACGAGUUCGGUGGGUAUGAUGAAGGGACAUCACCUCCACGGACCAGCACUCCACCAGGCAACUGAGAGCAACAACAACACAGUUGCUGGACAACCACCACCUGACUCCAAACAGCAGGACGACUCGGAAGAUCAGGUGUGUGUGUACGUGUGGGAGAGAGAGAGAGUGAGAGAGAGUGCGAGAGCGAGAUACAGAGAGAGAGAGAGAGAGAGAGAGAGAGAGAGGGAGGGAGAGAGGUGGACGAAUGAUGACCUGGGAGAGGAACUGUCCUCGGACGUAUUUGUGUCCUUCUAUCUUUAG